AUGAAAACAACUCUGACUUGUGGGAAUGACGUGAACGUGGCCGUUGAACGUCUUGGCCCCACACAAAUAAACUUCUCAACAGCUCUUAAGGCUGUCAGUUUCGUGAUAUUCACGGGCCUUCAAAGCUCCGCCUUCUGCGGAGUCCUCCAUAAGGAGGGUUUCCUAUUCUCGUUGGCUGUCUUGUACCUCAUUACUUUGAAAAAUUCGUUAGAGGCUUUGCUUUCAUUGCAGGUGAUGUUAUGCCAACGGCUUGUUGUCGCAAUCUACUUGUGCGUUAUACUUGUUCUACUAUGCAGGGCUGAGACCGAGCUCCGAAAAGACAGGAAGCAACCGAUGUCUGAUGUUGGUCCGUCAUUUAUGAAGCGUACACCAGUUUUUCUUCGACCAUAUCGAAUACUGGUAAUGCGCUUACAAUUCUGA